CAAAAAUGGAUAUAAUUUUGAUUAAGCUAUUUGCAGCUGUGGUGUAUCUUUUUUAAAAAACUUUCAUGAAAUUGCAUACAUAAAUGUUCACUCAUUGUUUUUAUGUAUGUGUCAUGGAAAAGUUUUGGAACAUCCCUCAAGAGCUGGGAGUAGCUGAAGCAGAAUUUCUCAGUGACCGUACUAAUUUUUCAGAUAUUUUAGUGUAGUUAUUGUAGCUUUAGUGUGAUACUUCACUAAGCCGAUGUAUGGAAAAUAAAAACAAGGUUUCUUGUUGAAAAAUGGAUGUCUAAGAUAUCUAACAUUUUUCAUGUGGUUGAACUUUUAGGGCAAUCAUGAGUGACAAGGGAGAAAAGACAUGCCCUCUAUGCGCUGAGGAAAUGGAUUUGACUGAUCAGCAAUUGAAGCCAUGCAAAUGUGGUUAUGAGAUAUGUGUUUGGUGCUGGCAUCACAUUAUGGAAAUGGCUGAGAAGGAUGGCACUGAGGGUCGCUGCCCUGCAUGCCGUACUGCUUAUGACAAAGAAAAAAUUGUGGGGAUGGCAGCAAAAUGUGAAAGGAUGGUGGCUGAAAUAAAUUCAGAGCGUAAACAGAAAUUGCAAAAGGCAAAGCCUAAAGCAUCUGAAGGAAGGAUGCAUCUUAGUAAUGUUAGAGUUAUUCAACGGAAUCUAGUGUAUAUAAUUGGAUUACCACUUAAUCUUGCAGAUGAGGAACUUCUUCAGCGAAUGGAGUACUUUGGCCAAUAUGGAAAGGUUUUGAAGGUGUCCAUUUCUCGUACAGCAACUGGGGUUAUUCAGCAUUCUGCAAACAACAGUUGUUGUGUGUACAUUACAUACACAAAAGAGGAGGAAGCAAUUCAAUGUAUUCAGUCAGUGCACUGUUUUAUCUUGGAAGGUAGACCUUUGAGGGCUUGUUUUGGAACCACGAAGUAUUGCCAUGCUUGGCUAAGAAACAUGCCUUGUAGCAUCCCAGAUUGUUUGUAUUUGCAUGAUUUUGGCUCUCAAGAAGAUAGUUUUGCCAAGGAUGAAAUUGUUUCAGCCUGUACAAGGAGUAGAGUUCAACAAAUUGUUGGUGCCACAAAUAAUAUGCAUCGACGCUCAGGAGAUGUUUUACCUCCCCCAGCAGAUGAUUAUAUCAAUAGCAGCUUAACUUCAACAGCCAAACCUAUUGCCACUAAUUCUUCAAAUGUAAGACUGCAUGUAAUUUGCUCCUUUUUUUCCCUAGAAAACAUGAAUAUUGACAAUCAGAGUAAGGGAUAUUGUGCAGAUAUUGGUGCUGGAAAAUCUAAUUCGCUUCCUGCAGCAACCUCAUGGGUCAUGCGUGUCUCGGCUAGUCUGCCACCAAAUAAAAAUUUGUCUGGUUCAGGUCAACCUCCAAAUGAUCAGCCUAAGAUAUCUAAUGGUCUCCAAGUCCUUAAAUCAGAUACCGUAAGCACCACUAGAUCUACCCACAAUGUAAAGUUGAUGGAAGCUGAAGCAAAUUGUGAAGUUCUUGGUUCUAAGUUGAAUUCAUUGGAAUUGCAAAAAGAACAUAUCAAUGGUGAUUAUCAAAUUGAUUUAUCAAAUAGAAAUGCAGAAGUUAUUUUGGGUACCACUCCUGCCACUUCAACAACCAAGAACCACUCGCCUUAUCUGCCAUCUUCAAAUGGCAGUGAAGCAAUACCUCUACAACAUAAGAAAUCCCUCUCUAGUCCUAAUUCUGUUGAGAAUGAAAAUCAUCAUGUUAUUAGGGAUAUCCAGGGUUUAUGCUCUGGGUUAUCGUCAUCUGGCCUUCAGAAUCACAUUAAGAAAGAGUACUCUGUUCCUGUUGUAAACAGUUCAUCUUACAGUCAUGCUUCAGUGAACAUGCUUGAAAGUCAAGGUUCACAAGAAGAUAUCAGCGAGCAAUCUAGUGAGUCUACAACAUCUCCAGCAUCCAAUGGAGCUCCAACAGAUUUUUUAGAUUUUGAUGAUCGACAAUUGAAGAGCUUAAAAGGCAUCCAUCAUCAAGCAUCCAUGUCUUCCUCACCUUGUUCGCUGCAGAAUUUAAAUCAGUCAAGCUAUAGUUCUUGGCAGUCAGGUGAUAUAAACAGUCAUAGUAAUCUUGAUGCACAUACUGGAAUUGCACCCAUGAAAUAUGAUAGAGUUUCUUCUCCAUUGAUAUCUAAUGGGUUCUACAACAACAAAGUUAGUAGCUUUGUUAAUUUGGAUGCAAGUGUCGACCAUUCCGGAGUAUUUUCAGAGGUGGGAUUAGGAAACUACUUGGAAAACUAUGAUAGUAAACCACCUUUACAUAAUAGUGUUGCUUCAGAUGUUGGAGAGAGCAGCAUAAUAUCAAAAAUUUUAUCUAUAGACUCAGAUUCAUGGGAAGAUUCAUUGACAUCGCCAUCCAGUUUAGUUAAGUUGUUGAGCAAAAAUGAUCAACAAUAUAAUUCUCUUAAAAUCCCAAGCUUGUUCAAAGAAUCAGAAAUCAGGCAAUCUAGGUUCUCAUUUGCUAGGCAAGAUGAUUUCUCCAAUCACACAUCUGAUUUGGAGCAAUCUGUUCGUGAUAUCAGGCAUUCAGUGAAAUGUCAUGCCUCAAACGAUUUGAUGAAAGGCAAGGAUUUUUGCAGAGAUGAAUAUCGGAAUAUCUUUUCAUCAAGCAGCUCUAUGGAAUCUGAGAAUUUUCCUGGCUGUUAUUCUUCCAUAUCUUCUUCUGUUUCAAAAGCUCCAACUUCAGCCCCCCCAGGAUUUGCAGUACCAAGUAGGCCACCCCCUCCAGGUUUUUCUUCUCAUGGGACAAUGCACAAGACUUUUGACAGUUCUGUGGGUACGAGUCAGUUGCUACAUACCUCUGCACAACCAGUUAGAAGCAGUUGCAGAAAUGGGGAUGUUGCAUUUUUUGAUCCUGCAAUAAUGGAUGUUGGUCAAGGGAUACAUGCAGCAGGGAUUAAAAAUGUAGGCUCUGAAAUGAGGCAAACUUCAUCUCCAGAGCUUAAUUCUUUUGACCAUGAUGCAAGGCUUCAGCUGCUGAUGAGACAAUCAAUUUCUGAUAAUCAGAAUCUACAGUUUCCAAACCAUUUAGCGAACAGAUUCGAUUUGGCGAAUAAUAGAUUUUCUCCCCCAAAUGAUACUCGCCGUAUUUCACCGAUGCUUUAUGAUCAAUCACAACCUAAUAAUCCAUCUGCAUUUGUGCUAUCGACAGCCCAACACUUUAGAAAUGCACACAUGUCAAGUGGCCAUUUGGGUGAUUGGAAUGAGGUUAAGAGCAUUAGUGAUCUGGGUGUGUCAGAUUUCAUGACAAAUGGGGGAGCUGGAUAUAACAAUUUUAUUCCCAGUUAUGAGGAUUUAAAAUGUCAGAUUUCCAGUCCCAGUAAUCUGUACAACAGAGGAUUUGCGAUGUGAUUUUUGGAACGGUAACCCCUCUUAAUGCUUUGAGGGAAUAACAAAUUUGAUCGGGUCAGCUUCCCUUGUCCUGAAUGAACCGUGCUCC